UCAACGUGACACCAUGUUCGGCGUAUGAGAAUUCGUGUGAAGAUUCGCUCGCGUAUUCAUAGAAUAUAUAUCAGUGCAUGCGAGAGAUACGAACAUGUCCAGCAUGUCACUUGCUUUUGCUCUUGCUAGCUUAAGUUUAUCACUUUUGGCGUACAGUGUUUAGUAUGAUUGAAGAGUAAAUGGUGUGUAACGGUUAUACUUGCACCUGCAACCUUUUGUAAAUACCCGUUCUUUUGAAAUUUAUUACUUCAUAUUUUACUUUUUGUAACGUAAAUGCAGAGAUGCCUCAUUUUGUAAGCACUAAAGACGAAAUUGUGCAAAAUAUGGAGGAUAUCGCUUCUGAUUUUGCUUGCCUUAAAAUAUCUGCUUUGCAAAAAGCUUCUCGUAUAUCAGGUGAAGUGGAUAAAAUUACAAUUGGUCCCGAUUCAAUAGUGAAUGAAAGUGAAAGUGAAAGAUCAGAAAAUAUAGAAAAUGAACGGAAUUCUUGUAAUAUUACAGUUCCACAAAAAUCUGUCUGCCCACAGCAUAAAAUUUAUAUGCAAAGUGGUAUUACCUUCUCAGUUAAAAAGAUUCUCUUAGAAAGUGAAUAUCAAAGGAAAGAAGAAGUUCAGAAAAAAAUUGCAUGUCAUUGGCAACAUAUGAAAGAAAAUGGGAAAGUUAUACAGAAACGUAUGGCAAUGUCACGUUCACAUAUGGCUAAAGAACGUGAACGCAAAAAUAAGGAGAACUAUGCAUAUAUACUAGCAGAAGAAAGAAUGGCAGAACAGGAAGAAAUACGUAAAAGACAUGAACGACAGAAAGAAGUUGAAGAAUACAGAAAAGAAAUGAAAGAGAAAGAAGAAUUGACCAAAGAAAUAAUGAUUUUAAGAAAUAUAUACAACCAAAAAAAUAAUGAUUUUAAGAAAUAUGCAAUGGAACAUUGCAAUUGUAUGGAGCAUUGUAAAGACAAAAAUUCUUUUGCCAUAAUAUUAUCUUCUUAUGAUACAAAAUUAGAAGAGUUGCACCUCCAAUUGAAGUUUAUAGAUGAAAAAAUUAAGAUAGGUGAAAUAACACCCGCCGAUUUGAAUAUUAUGGUAAAACUGGUUCAACAAAUUGAUGAAAUGUUAAGUAUAUUUAAAUCAGAAAUAGAUAAAAUAAAUGUUCGGUGUGAGGUAAAUUCAACUGGAGCAGAAAAUACAGUACAUUCUCAUACAACACCAUUGUCAGAUUCACAACAGGCGUUUAGCAACAGUCAAGCAGUUCACGAGCCAGUUAUUUCAGAACAAACAAGUACUGAUAAUGAAGUACAAAAAUAUGAAGACGAAGAAAAAAGGGGAAAUGUGCAAACAGAGAACAUGAUUUCUACAAAUAUUUCACAAGAAACAUCUCUAAUUGUUAAUGUAGAACGAAAUGUAUCAACGACCGAAUCAGAUAAAGAUCAUUUGUAUAAAUAUGUCGAUAAAGAAUUGUUAGAAAUAUAUGUGAAUAAUAAAAAAUUUUUAGAAAAUUAUGUAAAAAUAUUUGAUGAGUUUUUACAAUCUCCAAGUAUGAAAAAAUUUAGAUUUGAAUGUCAAAAAGCAAUAAAUAUACCUGUAAAUGCAAUAUCUGGCAUUAGUCAACAACAUCUGACGGAUAAAUAUGAAAGAUUACAUAUUCUGCUUAUGGGGAAAUCUUGGCCAAAUGUUAAUGAACAUCCACAUGGGGCAGAUUUUUGUAAAAAUAUUCUAGCUAAAAAAUUAGUUAAUCAAGGUGAGACGCUUGUUUCAAGUAAACCAAAGAUGGCAUUUCCCAUCGCAGCUAUAAUCGUAGCUCUUUGGAGCGAUCAUUCCGAUUUCGGAGAUUUGCUUUUAUCACAUUUUUACAAUGUUUGUCCGUUUACGGUUCCUAUCUUUAUGCCAAGGAUGGUAGGACAAUCGGAUGAUGAUUAUUAUAAAUUAAUGGGUUAUAAAUAUGCUGAAGAUGGCACAAUUGAAAAGCAUGAUAAAUUUUUGAAAAGAAUGUCCGGUUUAAUGAGACUGUAUGCUUCUAUUACUAUCACGACUCAAAGGAAAGGAACUGCUAAAACUAAUCCACAUGGACUCCAAAAUGCAUGGCGAUGGUUGGCUGCUAUUUUAAAUUUUGAACCGCGAAAGGAAAUAUCAGAUCUUUGUGCAACUUUCUUAUUGGAUAUGCUUGAAGUUGCUGGAAAUACAUUAUGGAUUGCUUAUCCAAAACAAUUCCAUAAGUUGUUAAUUUUAUUGUCGGAAGAAUAUUAUCCACGCAUGAAAAAUGUAGGAUCUAUCGGCAGUGGUCCAUUGGUACGGCUUGAAGAAUUUUUGAGAAAUAGCUUAGCAAAAGGUUCUAUAUCUCCUCCUGAUGGUCAACUUCCUCCAAAUUUUUGGUGAUGAUAAUACCACUGAAUCAAUUUCUUUAAUUUCUAAUUAUAAAUUUCUGACUGUUAUCGAUACUCGUAAAACAUUAUCGGAUAUUGCAAGAAUUUUCUCGUGCAAAAAUAUUUUAAAGUAAUUUGUACAUAUGAAAGAUCAUUAUUUGAAUGUCAUAUUUAUUAAACUUUCAAUGUGUGAGGAAAGAAUGCAAAAAAAUGUAAAAAUAAUAAGUGAUGUAUGUAUAAUUA